UUGAAUCUUCUAUUUUAAUAGAACUCAUAAAACGCAUCAGGCAGAUUUAUUUUAAAAUGAAAGUAAGACAAUAUCAACAUUUUUGUGUUUUUUCUGCAUAAAUCAUUUUGAAAAGCUUUUCAGGAAAUGUUAAAUUGAUAUUUACUUAAUUUUCUCACCUAUAAUAAAAAGGUGAAUAAUUUAUCCACUAAAAAGUUUCUGAUUCUUCCAGGAGAUCCAUGAUUCUAUAGCUGCAUCAUUAAAUAUGAAUAUCAGCACUGCAGAAAAUAGUAGUCAAUUAGCCAGUACAGAACUUACGGACAAAAUGUUGUGUAAUCAAAACACCAAAAUAGUGAGCUCAGUAUUGCUCACUUCUAGUAUGAGCACUUUUAUAAAUUACCAGGAUGUGGACCUACCAAAAUGGGACGAUAUAGAGAGAAACUUGUCAGUACAAAGAAAGAAAAAUAAGGAUAGUGAAAAUAAUAAAAUCACCAGUCUUAAAAGGAAGAAGGAUAUAUCUACUUAUUGCUCAUACAAGAUGGAGCAGUGGCUACCAGUGAAGGAAGAUGUUAAUUCACAUAAAACAAAGUAUGAUUGGGCUUCUGAGCAAGCAGAAUCACCUGAAAAAACAUUUUGUGAUGUCGGAAGUUUGGGACACAAGGAAAAAAGCCAGUUAAUCACAACUAUAAAAGAGGCAGUAGCUCUGGUGGUUACUAUGGUAUUUCAAGAUGGUUCUUCACAGCUGAGCUCGAAUCAGGGCCUAGUCUCAUCAGUAAGAGGAAUUGUUGUGUUAAUAAAGAGACAAACAGACCAACUUUGUCCUUCCAAAGGCUCUUCAAUUGUUAAUCCAAUUGUUUGGGAUGCCUGUACCAGAAAUGAUAAGUUCAUUUAUUUAAAAAUAGAACACUCUUCUGUUUGGGAGCAACAAGAACAGACUCAUAAGAAGUACAUCAGGGAAAUACUAUUUCAAAUACUACACUGUACUGUUAUUUGCUUCAAUGCAAAGGAUUUUUUGAGAACACUGCUUCAUGUUUUUGGUGAUGAUAUUAACUGGAAACAAGUGGCUGAUUGUGUUGUGUUAGAUCCAAGGAUUGCUGCAUGGCUGAUAAACCCCAGUGACACUGUCCCCUCUUUUGAAUAUUUGAUACAUAAGCAUUUUGAAGAGCCUGUCUCAGAGAGAACAGUGAAUAUGAAUGCAGAUUCCUUGAGAAACGCAUUGCACCAGAACUUGGUUCUAAACUUGAAGAUACUUUACAGUAUAAUGAUGGGCCUGGCUGGUGAAUUACAGGUUCAAGGCUUGUGGAAAAUCUUUUGUACUUUGGAGCUUCCCUUAAUAAAAAUUUUGGCAGUGAUGGAAACCAAUAAAAUACACGUGAAUAAAGAAGAACUAAAAAGAACAUCAGAGAUUCUAGGGUUGCGAUUGAAAGAGCUUGAGCAGGAAGCCCAUCGAGCUGCUGGACAACAAUUCCUAUUGACCAGCAGUAGUCAGCUGAGAGAGGUAUUGUUUGAAAAACUAAAGCUCCAUAUGCUGUGUGAGAAAAUUCCCAGAACUGAGAUGCAGCAUCUUCAAUCCACUUCUGAAGUUGUGUUAAACAAGCUGCAAGAUCUUCAUCCAUUGCCUAAGAUAAUUUUAGAAUACCGACAGGUUCACAAGAUAAAAUCAACCUAUGUGGAUGGACUACUUACAUGUAUGAAAAAGGGAUUUAUUUCAUCUACAUGGAAUCAGACAGGAACUGUGACUGGCAGACUUUCAGCCAAGCAUCCUAAUAUCCAAGGUAUCUCCAAGCAUCCAGUUCAAAUUAUUAAGAAGCAAUAUGUAAAAGGAAAAGAAAAUGAAAUAGUAACUAUUUCCCCAAGAACAUUGUUUGUUUCAGCUAAAGGAUAUAUGUUCUUAGCAGCAGAUUUUUCCCAUAUUGAACUAAGAAUCCUUGCACACCUAUCCUGUGACCCAGAACUUCUGAAACUAUUCCAAGAACCUGAAACCACUGAUGUGUUUACUACACUGGCUUCUCAAUGGAGGGGUAUUCCAAGUGAACAAGUGAAGCAUGCAGAUAGAGAACAGGCAAAGCGCGUUGUCUACUCAGUAGUUUAUGGAGCAGGUAAAGAACGUCUUGCUGGAUGUUUGGGAAUUACGCCUCUUCAAGCUGGUCAAUUUAUAGAGAGUUUUCUGGUGAAAUACAAGAAAAUUCAUGACUUUACAAAGAAAACCAUUGAGCAAUGCCACAAUGAAGGAUAUGUGGUUUCCAUCAUGGGACGUAAAAGGCACUUGCCUAAUAUCAAUGCUCGAGACUACAGACUACGUACUCAAGCAGAGAGGCAGGCUGUCAACUUUGUUGUCCAAGGAUCUGCAGCUGACCUUUGUAAAAUGGCUAUGGUCGAGAUUUUUUCCUCUGUUGCCAUUUCUCCAACUUUAACAGCCAGGUUUGUUGCCCAAAUUCAUGAUGAAUUGUUGUUUGAAGUGGAAGAUUCUCAAAUUCAGGAGUUUUCAGGUUAGUACAGUCUAAAACUUUUUUUCAUUUCUUUUCUUAUCAGAAUACUUUC